CAGAAAUGCUGAUAUCCCGUUCAUCAUUCCUAGCUGGCUGUGUUAUAUCAUGCUUGAUCAAUAAUAAGUCUUCCUGUUAGUAAUCUAUGUGACAAUAUACAUCGUAUCAUUGUACAGUAUGUGCAAAGUUGUGAACUUUUAAAUACAUUCUGUAAUUUAUUUAAGAAAAAGUAUAGGCAUUUACGUUGUUGUUCCUGACAUUAGGAGGUGCCGUUUUUAGUGAAAUCAAGAUGGCGGGAAAUGAUCUUGUAAACAGAUGUACAUGUAGAUCGUUUCCUACUCAUUACCUGGGGAAAGGAAGAAAAAUAUUUCAGUAGAUAGCUCAAGAACAGUUUUACUGAUUUAUUAGUAUUUUUCUUCUUGACUCUGAUGAACUGUCAUGGACGAACAUGGAAUGGAAUUCGAGGACAAUGAAGACGAAAGCUGGAGCCUGCCUUUCAAUGGCGAUAGCUCGCCGUCUAAUACCAGUAUUGAUAUCGGAUGUCAAGGAAGUGCAUGUAUGACCGACACUCAGGACCGUAGAAACAGAAAACAACAACACAGACUUUCAUCUAACUCAGCUGAUUCAUGUAUGAUCUCCACACUGGGUCAUACAAGGACCAUCAUCCACAUUGAUAUCGACUGCUUCUAUGCUCAGGUAGAAAUGAUGAGGAACCCAAAAUUACGAGACAAGCCAUUAGGUGUCCAGCAGAAGUACCUGGUGGUAACUUGUAACUAUGUGGCCCGAGAGUACGGAGUGACCAAACUUAUGGGGGUCAAGGAGGCUUUGGACAGGUGCCCCAACUUAGUACUGGUCAGUGGAGAGGACCUCACACACUACAGGCAGGUCUCCUAUAAAAUAUCAGAGUUCUUGCAGCAGUACACACCUCAUGUAGAGAGACUUGGAAUGGACGAGAACUUCCUGGAUGUGUCGCACCUUGCCAAACAGAGGCUGGAAUCUGGUGACACUAGGUCAGAUGUCAUAGGUCAUGAGUACAAGUUUGAAAACGAGGACAGCAUUGUAAGAGAAGAUAAAUGUGGUAAAGAUCGUCUGGCGACAUGUACCUGUGGAUGCCAUGAGCGACUGACCGUUGGAUCUCAGAUUGCUGCAGAUAUCCGUGAUGCCCUACACCAGGAGAUAAACAUCACCUGCUGUGCUGGUAUUUCCUAUAAUAAACUCCUGUCCAAACUUGUGGCAGGAAAACACAAGCCUAACCAGCAGACGACACUGUUUCCUGAGCAGACGGCACAAUUCAUGGCGACCGUGGGCCAGGUCAGACGAAUACCAGGAAUUGGUUCAACAACAUCAAAGAAGCUGGCAGCUUUAGGAAUUGUGUUGCUCCAGGAUCUUCAGCAGUUUGAUAUUUCUGACCUCAAACAGGAGUUAGAACCAAAACAGGCUGUUGUUAUUCAACAGCUGAGCUUUGGAGUAGAUGACAGCCCUGUUGUGACAUUUGGCAGACCACAGACUAUCAGCGAUGAAGACUCCUUCAAAAAGUGUUCUACUGUAAAAGAUGUGAGGUCAAAGGUCAAGGAAUUCCUUUGUAGCCUGAUUAAAAGAUUACUAGAUGAUGGCCGGACUCCCCAGACACUGAGACUGACCAUUCGGAAACUCACCACAGCCGAUAAAAAGUGGACCAGCCGUGAGAGUCGUCAGUGUCCAAUCCCUGGUCACAUUAUGUCAUGUUUGUCCUCUGGCAAACUUGAGAGGCUGACCGACCAGCUGGAGGAGAUCGCCAUGACACUUUUUACUAAGCUUGUUGAUACUAAGGAGCCAUUCCAUCUUACCCUUAUGAAUAUUGCAUUCUGUAGUUUGGUAGAAAAAUCCAAAAAUGCCAUUAGCUCUUUCUUUACUGUCAGAAGCCCGAGACACGGUGUGGAUCAUGGACAUCCUCCGGGAGAUUCUCAUGUGGGUCAAAAGUCAGUCCCAACUCCAGACAGAGGAAAACAACAAAACAGUCUGCAAAAAUGGGUAAUUAAAUCUCCAGAAAAACUCAUAAAUAAUAGCCCAGAGGAUUUCCCUGAUAACUGUGAAGCUAGGUCAACAAAUGUGUCAAGGUCACCUCAAGGUUGUUUGGUGGUUCCAGGGCACUCGGGAAUGUCACCUGGCAUUGGAGAUGCUAGGAAAAAUGAUAAUGGAGAAAGUCGGAAGAUAGUAGAGAGUGUGAAGAAAGAUUCCAGUGAGCUUAAAACAUUGUCUUGUCAAAAGAGAAAAGCAGAGGAAGCCAUAGAAGACAAACAUUCACGUAACAAAAAGACAAGUUUAGGUAGAAACAUUAGAUGGAGUAGUUCAGCAAGAAGUCCCGAGGAAAUAGCUUGUUCCUAUACUGGUAGGAAAUGCUCAGAGGCUCGGCUCUCAAUCCCAAAGGAUGUAGAUAUGGAGAUUUUUCUUCAACUUCCAAGAGAUAUUCAAAGAGAAAUCUUACAAGAGGAAGAAUCAAGAAAAGGUCAAAUGUAUUCAACACAAACUGAAAAAAGUAGUGGAUAUGAAGAGCUGAAUUCAGUCAACGACACGGACAACAACUGUUCUACAAGUCAUGUCAGGAGUGAUUAUCCUGAGGGUAGAGGGGGACAGAGGAAAGACUCGAGGACAAUACUUCACACAGCUUCUGUCAAGGAAAGUUCUAGUCCUUCUGACUGUGGAGGAAUUGAGCCAACAGGUGACAGAUCGGAAGAUUUUCCAUUUAAACAAUCUAUGAGUACACGUUUGCCUUCUGAUAACAAAUUACAUACUCAUACCGGCAGUGGUCAGCCAUCAAUGUCUGAAAGGCCAACUAAAACAGUGUCUGUUGUUAAUACCACAAAGAAACAAAGCGGUGAUAUAUUGAACCUAAAAUUAAACAGUGUUGAUGAUAAUGUGACCGGUGUAUGUGAGGAAACACGUGGUGGGGACAGUCAUAUUGACGACUGCGACAGUAAUCAUUCUGCUAACCAAACGUACCAGAUACCACCUCACGUUGACAAAGAGGUAUUUUCAAACUUGCCCUCAGAUAUACAGAUGGAGUACCUUUGUCAGUGGUCUCGGGUCCCUAAGAUGUCCCCAGAAUCACAAGGGGCACUACCUGACAAGAAGCAAAUCUCUACAGCAGUGUCACAAGGGAGACUGCCUAACACUAAACACAAACCCAAUGCAGGAAAAACAAGUAUUCUUCAGUUUUUUCAGUCAAAAAAUAAAAAAUGAAAAUAAAAUCUA